GCUGUUAGAGGUUACUUGUCUUUGCCAGCCCUACCGUGCUUGGAAACGACUCGGGAAGCUACCGGGAAGCUGGAAUACCAAGAAGGCAGCUUAUAAAUACAAAACACCCCGAGCCUAAGGCUGUCCCUCUGGAGAGAAGACUCUUCAGGGGUAGAAAUCAAGAGCCCAGAACAUGCUUUCCUCCUUCUAAACAGCACUCUGAACAGAGUCUCCCAGGGCUCUCUUUAUUUCCUCGGGCUCCGUCAUGUCGUGCUUCACGCAUCUGUGGCACUCCAACACGCCAGACUCUCCCACCAGCCCAGUCCCUGCCUCUCCCAGUGAAAUCCCCAUCCCCAUCAGCCCCAUUGUCGUCACCUCCCCGGGAGAUGGCAAGAGGAAGCCAAGGUCCCCAACUGACAAGCCAGGUUCUCCGAACCCGACGUCUCCGAAGCCAACCUCCCCCGUUGAGUGCUCCAUUUGCUUCAACACCUAUGACAACACCUUCAAGACGCCCAAGCUGCUCCAGUGCUCCCAUGUUUUCUGCCUGGAGUGCGUGGCCCGCCUGAGCAAGGGGCUGCCCCCAAACCACCCAGAGGACCAGCUCCCCUGCCCCUUCUGCAGGCAGCUGACCAGUAUCCCUCAGGAAGGCGUCCCAGCACUCCAGACCAGCAAGGAGCUCCUUGCCACGCUGCCUCCUGAACUCCAGCAGGAGAAGGUGCUCUGGAUGGAAGGGACCAAGCUCUGCUGCCGCCAGUCAUCUGAUGACCCUGAGAAUCCAGACUCGUGUAUCUCCAUCGACGUUGCCAUGAGCAAGCCAGAGAGUCCGGAGGCCCCCCCGACGGGGUUAGCUGGGAGGCUGUCCCGCUGCGACAUGUGCGACGACUGGAAACGCAUAGUCCUCCUCUCGGCCUUGAUCAUCAUCCUCUUCUGCAUCAUCCUGUGGCCGGUCCAGUGCGCCCUGAAGACGGGGAACCUCCGCUGCUUCACAAGGACUGUUGCAAUGAGCAGGCCGGAGUACCUGCCCCCUAAACACACCACCACAGCAGCUCCUGUGACACAACUCCCUUUCCAGUAGCAGCAGCAAGGUCAGCCCCUUGCUCCCAUCUAGUGAGGCUGCUGGAUCCCUCCCCACAGCACAUGGGGGAGGCAGGAGCAGGACCUGCUGCCCUGAUGACAUUCCUCGGUUUGCUGGCAGACCCCCUGGUCCACUCCCCACACUCCUCCUGUUGCCUACAACUUCUGACACCCAUAUCCACCUCCAGGAGCUCUGCUGAAGUUGCUGAAGUUGAAGUCUGCCAAGCUGUCUCCAGCCCAGGAGUGCUCCAAGGAGCUGCCUCAGGAUCCUGCUGCCAAACUCUCCAUGGAAACCAAGAGCUCUGAAAGCAGCAGACAGGGUUUUUAGGACUGCUUGGGCCAGACACCAGAUGACAGUGGGUACAGUUCCUCUAACUCCCCUUAGGGAAUAAAGGGCUGUUUUUGCAAACUGAAGGAUCUACAUGAUUAUUCCUAAGAGGAGCUGGGAUUGGGAGGGUAAAAACAUGUCAAAGUCGUAUAAAGAGAUGAAAAUUACCCUUGUUCCACAAGUUUGAAACCUUUAGUCAAUGCUGGAGGUGUAAAUGCUGCCUCCUGCUGACCAAGCCCGGAUCUGUCACUGCUGCCCACCUUCUGAGCGGUGUUACCACCCUGACCAGCUUUUGGACAGAACAGAGGAGCCAUUCUACUCGUUUUUUUACCUAAGAUGAUGCUUAAAAAUCACUCAUCCCUUACCUGGAAAGUGAUUCUGAACACAGGGGGUGAGUUCUGUCAGACACGCUGGCACACACAGCGACGUAACUCUGCCUUUAAGUGACCUCAUCAGGGACCUCCAUUCAUACUUGUCACAGGCAAACCGUUGCCAAAAUGAUAAAAGUUCCAGCUUUUGACAUCUUUACCCUCCUAAUCUUCAAAUGUGUCAGUAUUAAGACACAGGCCAGUUGCUUACACUCUAUUUUUAUUUAACGCAGUGAUCUUCUGACAGUGAUUAAACAGAAGUCUUCAUGCUGAAGGCGGCUUACAAUUAAAUGUUUUCUAUUCAAACACGUGGAUGUAAGACAGUAUUGUAUGCAAGCACCA